CAGAGAGAGAGGGAGGGAGAGAGGCGAGUGCUGCUGCUGCUGCUGCAGAGCAACAUUUAGCUCGGCUAAGAAGUUAAACGACACAGCGACACAUCCUGAUUCAACCAGGCUGUAAUCCUGGUGUCAUAGCACCAUGUUCUCAAAGCAGCAGCAGCAGCCCCUGGCCUUCGGAAAGACUUUUUCUGUACUUUUCUUCUUGACUUGUGCCCUCUCAGUGACUUCCUUGCCUGCUGAUGUGGAGAAGGGUAGAAGAAAGGUGGUGCAUGUGCUUGAGGAUGACAGUGGAGCAGUGAUUGUGCAGACUGCUCCAGGUAAAGUGGUGACACAUCGAGGCGGCUCCAUCACUCUGCCCUGCAGAUUCCACCAUGAGCCAGAGAACACAGAUCCUGCUCGAAUCCGGAUUAAAUGGACAAAAGUGACUGACGCACUGCAGUUUGAAGAUGUCUUUGUGGCAUUGGGGAGGCAGCAGCGUGUAUUUGGGUCCUAUAAAGGCCGCGUGUUUUUGGAGCAGGCGGGACCAGGCGACGCUUCAGUGAUCAUCCAAAAUGUCACUCUGGAGGAUUACGGGCGCUAUGAGUGUGAGGUCACCAAUGACAUGGAGGACGACACAGGGUUUGUCAACCUGGACCUAGAAGGAGUGGUUUUUCCCUACUACCCCCGUGAGGGGCGCUACAAGCUUAAUUACCACCAGGCUGAGGAUGCUUGCAAAAAGCAGGAUGCAAUUCUAGCCUCCCAUUCUCAACUGCACAAGGCCUGGCUGGAAGGACUAGACUGGUGUAAUGCAGGAUGGCUGGAAGAUGGCUCAGUCCAGUACCCUAUUGCUCAUCCUAGAGACCAGUGUGGACGCAAGGACACCCCUGCUGGCAUUCGUAACUAUGGCUACCGGCACUUGGAGGAGGAGCACUAUGAUGCUUUCUGCUUCACUUCCAAGCUUAACGGGAAAGUGUACUUCCUCAAACGCUUUAAGAAGGUGAACUACGCUGAGGCAGUGAAAGCCUGUGUUCGAGAUGGUUCGGUGGUGGCCAAAGUGGGACAGCUGUACGCUGCAUGGAAGUUCCAGCUGUUGGACCGCUGUGAGGCAGGCUGGCUGGAGGAUGGCAGCAUCCGUUAUCCCAUCGUCAAUCCCCGCUCUCGCUGUGGAGGAGCCCAACCAGGUGUCCGACACCUGGGCUUUGCUGACAAAAAGUUCCGCCUAUAUGGGGUCUACUGUUUCCGCAAGAACAAGGAUGAAACAGCAGAUGGUCCCAGAAAGACAAAAAGCACCACUGAUAGUUUUACAAGCACAAAGAGCAACAACAGCAUCCCGAUGAAUGCUACAAAGGCGAUUUAAAAAGGACAGACUGAAAAGAGCAAUUUUAGAUAUGACUGCAACAACUGUCGCCUAGCAGCCAGUCUCCAUUCACUGCUUUUAAAGAAACAGCCAUGGACAAGAUGUUCUUAUUUGCCAGAUAGAAGACGAUGAGCUGUGUAAAAUUAAGCGUGACAUCUUUAUUAGGGUGAUUUUCCUUUGUCUCCAGUCAGUCAGUCAUCUAAAGACUUGAGUAUGUUAGCACAGCUGUUCCAAGAUUAAACAGGAGCUCCAUCAUCACUCAGCUACAAAUCAGAUCAGAGUCUGCCAUGAAUCUUCUUGUUUACAUGCUUAGGGAUAAUUUUUUUGGCUCUGAUCUGAGCCAGAAACCAGCGCCAGGGUGAAAUAAACAUGUACUGGGUGAAACAGGAUGAUCAGUCUGAUAGUAUGGAGAAAAUCCAAAAUGCCUUGUAAGUUUUGACUGCACCGAGUUUAAUUGCCUGUAUCUGAGUGCCAUGCUUGGUUAGCAAACCCUCUGGCACGAGUGAUUCAUUUUUCUCAUUAUCGAAAACCUGGCAAUCUCAUCAUCGGAGCUUAACAAGCCCAGUAGUGGAUACCGCACUAGCACUAAAAUAUUUGCACUUUAAAGACAUGAGGCUUUAUUUGAUAAUAGCUUAGACUAAAGCAAGCAUGUAGUGCUUGGCUGAGAAUAGCAACUCAGGCUGAAUAAAGGGUUUAAAAAAUCAACAAUAAAUGCUAAUUACCCUACAUACUGCAACUUUAAGCUACCAGGGUCAUGAACUAUAUGGUGAA